AACGAAAAAUAAAUCACUAGUCAAAGAGAAAAUGAGUUCCGUUUUUUCUUUUUGAAAAGAGAGGAAAAUCGGCGGCCUCUCGCUUCUACUCCCAGUUGAGCUUCUGCUUCUUCUUCGCCAUCAAGAUCUGAAAAUAUUUUCCGAUUUCUGUGGUUUGCGAAACCAGUCCGGUAAUCUCCGUUCAAUUCCGAUUCUUCGUGCACGCGGCCAUGGAUUGCCCCACGGAGUUUAGAUUGAGGAUGUAUCGAAUUACUGAGGUGCUCUUCUCGUGCAAAGCCACGAGGUGCUCCGAGUGCAAAAACGUUGAAUUGGCUUUUCCAAACGAGAUGAAGCGGGUUAGAAAUUUCAUCUAUGGUGAUGCUGAGGAAGAGGCUUUGACUGUCCGUGAGGCGUUGAGCAUCAAGGGGAUUCUCGAUAACUACGAAGAAAAGUCUGAUUCUAUAUUGUUUACUUCUCUGAGGAUGCUUCAAUUGAUGAAUAUAUCUGUGGAGACACUUGAGGCCACAAAGAUUGUAGAAUCUGUGAGUUGUCUACACAAACAUGGAUCUGUACAGAUUAAGCAUCUUGCCUGGACAUUGAUCAAGGAUUGGAAGGUCAUGGUUGAUGAAUGGAUCCAAGCUACUACAGCAGCAGCCAUUACAGAAAACACUCCAGAGUCUGUAAAAGCAUCGGUGGUUGAAGAAGAGGAGUAGGAGGAGGAGGAAUAAGGCUUCCUUCUCCACCCUUGGAUUAGGGAGCUUUCUUUACAACUGCUUCAAUGGUGUUAUCACAGAGAAGUUAAAGACUUCAGAUGAGGAUUCACUUCAAGUGAGAUUGGAAGUGGCAAAGAGGAAACUACAGGAAGCCUACUAAGAAGCAUUAACAUUGUAAAUAAACCUUAACAAUAUCACUUUUGAUCCUUUGCAUGACUAUUAUUGCUUUCCCAACUAUUAAAUGACUAAAUUAAAGUUGUACUGUGAGAAAAAGAUAAUGAGUUUAUCCUCACUCUUAUGAUGGAAGGCCAAUGAAAUAAUUGGGGACUUGUAUUGAUCGUUUUUUAA